AUGGAAGAGGCAAAUAAGAAGGGAGAUGAAGAAGUUAGGUACCGUGGUGUUAGAAGAAGGCCAUGGGGAAAAUUUGGGGCUGAGAUUAGGGAUCCAACAAAACCUACUGGAAGACAAUGGUUAGGAACAUUCGACUCAGCUGAGGAAGCUGCGAGAGCUUAUGAUUGUGCUGCCAUUCGUUUGCGGGGUGCUCUUGCCAUUCUUAAUUUUCCUGAUGAAUAUUAUUUUCAUCUUUCUUCUUUAUUGUCGUCGUCAUCGUCAUCUACUUGUGCCAUUGCAAGCACUUCGUCUACACAACAUAAGGAAGUUAUUGAGUUUGAGUAUUUGGAUAAUAAGGUGUUGGAAGAUCUUCUUGCGUCAUCGAAAGAAGAGAAUGAAAAGAAGAAUUAUUAA